CUAUUCAUAAUCUCGUAGUUGACAGCGAGCUAGCAUCAGAGGUUCAGACGGCUGAUCCACGAGUGUUUCUAUCUUGGAAAUAAUCGAUUGGAUAUCGGGGUAUUUCAGUUUGGAGAGCACCUGGACGUCGUGUCUCCCCCCUUGCUCAACAAUGGCGUCGGCUGUUUGCUCUGCUGGAAGAUAUACCUGUUGAAAAAUCCCCAAAAGGUUGACCCGUCGCCUCCCCAGAUGUGGCCGCUACCUCUGCUGAGACUUCUGUUUAUGAACAGCGAGGAUGCUCUGAUUGGACGCCUGUGGCUCGGCCUGGAGGGAUGACAGGACUUUAGCAGACAUGGAGACAGGAGAGACACACAGAAAGCUGAAAACGCCAUAUUCACGUAGUCUAGACUCUCCACUUUAAUCCACUCAGGAAAAGAGAAACCUCUUAUUUUUAUAUUUUUUUUAUUCAGAGCAGUUUUUUGUUAGUUAUUGUGAAGCCAUACAGCCAUCAGGAUGAGCUCCGAGGGCUUUCAGUACCGAGCGCUGUACGACUACAAGAAGGAGCGGGAAGAGGACAUCGACCUGCACGUAGGAGACAUGCUGCUGGUCAGUAAGGGGGCGCUGCUGGCGCUCAACUGCAGCGUUGGAGCCGAAGAACGGCCGUCAGAGAUCGGCUGGCUGCCGGGCUUCAACGAGACCACACAGGAGAAAGGCGACUUUCCGGGGACGUACGUGGAGUUUGUUGGCAGAAAGAGGUUGUCUCCGCCCACACCGAAGCCACGUCCACCCAGACCGCCGUCUGCAGCGUCGGUGAGGACCGACUCCGAGUCAGAGGGCUUCGUGUUGCCCGACCUCCCGGAGCAGUUUGGACCCCCGGACACGGCCCCUCCCCUCCUCAGCAGACUGAUGGAGGCCGUAGAGACCAAAGGUCAGGAGAGUCCAGGUGUGUAUCGCAGUAUGAGCGGAGUAGGUCUGGACACCCGGCAGCUGGCCGACACAGACCUGGAGCCGCUGGAGGUGUCGUCCCUGUGUGACGGGGUGGUCCGGUUUCUGCAGGAUCUACCCGGUCCUGUCCUCCCCUCAUCACUGCAGGGGGACAUGGUGCAGGCAGUACAAGAGGUGCGGGACCUGGAGGAUUGUGCUCAGGUGCUGCGGGGAGUGGCUAGCUCUCCGUCUUGCCCGGCUCAGUACGGCCUGACCCUCCUCAGCGUGAUCCGCCAUCUGGCUCGGCUCUGUCUGCACGGCCCCAGGAACCAGCUGAGCCCCCGAAUCCUGGCUGAGAGCUUCAGCCCGCUGCUGUUCAGACAGACUCCAGGAUCUGAGUCCAGUCUGGAUCCUCUGGUUCAGGUCCUGGAGGUUCUGAUAACCAGCGAGCUCAACAUGCACCAGGCUGCUCCAGCGCUGCCUCCUAAACCCGUCAAACCUCCGACUCCAGCUCCUUCCUGCAGCUUCAACAACAGCAUCUCCCUGCAGGACGCCGAGUGGUACUGGGGAGACAUUUCCAGAGAGGAGGUGAACGAGAAGCUGAGAGACACAGCUGACGGCACGUUCCUGGUCCGAGACGCUUCCACCAAGAUGCACGGAGAUUACACUCUGACCCUCAGGAAAGGAGGAAACAACAAGCUGAUAAAGAUUUUCCAUCGGGAGGGGAAGUACGGCUUCUCGGACCCUCUGACAUUCAGCUCGGUGGUCGAGCUCAUCAACCAUUACCGCCACGAGUCGCUCGCCCAGUACAACCCCAAACUGGACGUCAAGCUGCUCUACCCGGUCUCCAAACAUCAGCAGGACCAGGUGGUGAAGGAGGACAGUAUCGAAGCUGUGGGGAAGAAGCUCCACGAGUAUCACCUUCAGUACCAGGAGAAGAACCGAGAGUACGACAGACUGUACGAGGAGUACACCCGGACCUCGCAGGAGAUCCAGAUGAAGAGGACGGCCAUUGAGGCGUUCAACGAGACCAUAAAGAUCUUCGAGGAGCAGUGUCAGACCCAGGAGCGAUUCAGCAAGGAGUACAUCGAGAAGUUUCGUCGAGAGGGCAACGACAAGGAGAUCCAGAGGAUCAUGGAGAACUACGACAAGCUGAAGUCUCGGAUCAGUGAGAUCGUGGACAGUAAGCGACACCUGGAGGUGGACCUGAAGAAGCAGGCGGCCGACUACAGAGAGAUCGACAAGAAGAUGAACAGCAUCAAACCAGACCUGAUCCAGCUCCGCAAGACCAGGGACCAGUACCUCAUGUGGCUGACACAGAAAGGAGUCCGUCAGAGAAAGCUGAACGAGUGGCUCGGCCUGAAGAACGAAACCACAGAGGAUGAGUACAGCAUGGUGGAGGAUGAGGAGGACCUUCCUCACCACGACGAGCGUCUGUGGCAUCUGGGAAACAUCAACAGGAACCAGGCGGAGUCUCUGCUCCGGGGGAAGAGGGACGGGACAUUCCUGGUCCGACACAGCACCAAGCCUGGCUGCUACGCCUGCUCUGUGGUGGUGGAAGGGGAGGUGAAACACUGUGUCAUCAACAAGACGAGCACCGGUUUUGGUUUCGCGGAGCCCUACAACCUGUACGGCUCUCUGAAGGAGCUCGUGCUGCACUACCAGCACACGUCGCUGGUCCAACACAACGACUCACUCAACGUCACGCUGGCCUUCCCCGUCCACAGCCAGCAGAGGCGGUGACUCCCCUAACCCCACUCCCUCCUGUUUGAGACGGUCACCGUGGACCAGCAGUGGAUCUCUGGACCCCCCCGAGAACACGUCUCACCAUCAGAGUCUCAGUCCCUGAUCACGUUAGCUGCUGUGGUGCUGCAGAUCCAAAGACACAAACCAGCACUCCCAAGAUGAAGCUUUGAUUUUCACACGAUGGCGGAGGCUUACUCGUGUCUUACUGUGGACGGCAUCACGUGGAGCUUUGACUUCCUGUGAGGAGAAACAAGAAAAUAAAAAGACUUUAAAGACACCUGAUAACUGAGAGUAGAGUCCAGGUAUCUAAAGAUCAACAUGUUCUGCAGUUUACUCGCUUCAGGUCAGGAUCACACGGGAGCUUUACUUCCUGUCCGGAAAGAUUUGAGACGCCUCAACAGCAUAUUUACAAGCAUGCAGCCCAAAGCGCUUCACAAAGCAAAAAAAGAUGGGACAUAAAAACACAAAUUUACAACUUUAGGUUCGAUAAAACGAUUAAUUGAUGGGAAAUCAACUGAAUUCAGUCAAAUGUCAAUAAGACCCCCAAAAACCAUACUGGGGUAUUGCUAUAGUCCAACAAUGACCCUGUUUACAGCUGGUAUCAACAUGAGGUUUCAGGGAUCUGAUCACAAGUGGACAGCACUGCAGUGACAGCGUUCACACUUUGCACUAACGCUGUGUCUCCAUGGCAUCAUUUACAUUUGAAAAGGCUAAAUGUGUAAAUGGGGGGUCUUUAAUGUGGCCCAGGACACAUUGGCAUUCACACUACCAAACCAGUGUGGACCAAUGUGUCCCAGAACCACCUCCCAAGUGAUCUGAUCACCCAGGAGGGAUGUUAGUUCAGAGUGUGAACAGGACCUGUGGUUAAAGCUUCGACUAAGGCUGUGAAACUGCUCUCAACCGAAAGCCAGAUUAAUAAUAAAAGGUUCGGAGGUCGCCAGAAGGAAAAAGCGUAACAAUCGAAUCGUUGACAAUCUACAGAAUGCUUCUUUGUAGACUUCUGCAGAAACAUUUCAGUCAGUCCUGAUCGAGCUUAAAGGUUUUUAAGAUCUUUAUGAACACUUAAAAUGUUUGACUUCUCUAUUUUUAGCUACUAUGAUCAUCUUCAUUCAUAUCUCAGUAUCUGCCCCACACCACCACCACCCCAAGCCUGAAACAGUUAAUUUAUACAAUAAAUCCACUCCUUGAGAUUUAAAUAAUCCAUGCUUCAAGUUUUGAUCUCUGUUUCCUUGUUCACUGGAGAAAAGUCAAAACUUCAGGGUUCUAGCGCAGCGAGAAAAGAUUUAAGUUUCUAUACGCAGUCUGUACAUUUCCUCCUGUAGGACUCUGAGGUUUUGAUUUUUAGAAAAAGUGAAGCUCGAGGCUUGUUUAGAAAUGCGUCCCAUGUGAUCACGACCUGUGUGUGACUGCAGAUGUUUUAAGUUUCAGUGUCUGUGGAGGAGCGAUGCACUGAGCCUCUUCUAGGGUCAUGGAGGUCAGGCGUCACUAAACUGAGGUGUCCUGGUUAAAAAAAAUGACGGAUACUUCCUUCAGCACACUUGAACAGGACUGAAUUCUGGACCCACGAUGAUGUCAAAAGGAUAAAAUGUUGGACAAUCCCGAGAGACUUUUCUAACGAGCACUGUGAGCGACUCUGAACGAGGUUUAAAAUGAGGGCGACUCGACUGACCCGCAUUUCCACAUCAGGAGAAAAAAGAAAAACUGCAUUUCCCAAAGAUGUGACAUUCCCCUUCACCCCCACGCGAUUUAAACCCCCCUUCAGCAGUGUUUUCCCCGGUCCAGUGUCUUCAGGUUUGUUUUGGUGUUUUCUGCCUCAGAGUGUCGUUUAAUUUUGCAGAACUGACGGACGAUUCUUCAAUCUUUCAUUUAAAAAAAAAAAAAAAGUUCUGACAGCACAAAGAGUUCGUCGUGCUGCAUUGAAUCUGUAACCUAACACUUCAGGAAUAUUUCUGGAUUUAUUUUGGAUCUGCUCAAAGGACUCGUCUGAUUUUUAUGGACAAACUGCAGCCGGCAAACAUUUGCUCAGAUGAUGAAAAUCAGAUAACUUUUUUUCCUCUUUGUGGAUUAUUUCUUAUUUCCUCUUUUUGUGCAUUAACCAGGUACAGGAGACUCUAAAGUAUUGAAGCUGGAUCACCUGGUGACUUCCUUUUCAACUUUUACCUUUGAUGUUUCACUCAGUUUAUAUAUCAGUUUGUCCUGAAUUUUCAAGCUCCUUUUCCCACCCCCUCAGAUCUUGUUGUUGAACAGCUGCUGGACUCCAAUGAAGGAGGAACAACUCAGAACAUUAAAAAUGAUUCUUGAGUUUAACAGGUGAACUCAAAUCUGUGAUAUUAGACAACAAAAGGUGAUGUAAAGUGAAUAAUUCAGGAACCCUGGUGAAUAAAACAUCCACAAAAAUCA